AUGAAAGAAGACGCCCCAAUCCUCUAUCCAAACCAACUGGUUGGAGAGCGUGUUGGUACUUAUUCUAAGGAACACUCGACUGGCAUUCCAAAGCAUAUCAUCGAAUAUCAUGAACAUGUCCGGGAGACAUUGCCGGAUACGGCAAACUACAUGAUUUCCAUCUCCCAGGCGCAGGCCAUGUGCUUUCUUGCAAAAACUGUAGGGGCAAAGAGAAUUCUUGAAGUCGGUGUCUAUGUGGGACUCUCCAGUCUUGUAUGGAGCACCGCCGUUGGUCCUGAGGGCAAGAUAACGGGACUGGAGUUCGACUCUAACUUCGCUAAAUUGGCCGAGGAGGCCUUUGAGAAGUAUGGCGUCAAAAAUGUAGAACUUGUCGUGGGAGACGCGCUCGAGACUCUCCCAGCUCUUGUUCCCACUGAGCCAUACGAUAUGAUCUUCAUUGAUGCUCAGAAACGAGGAUACCCAAAGUAUCUGGAGACUAUUCUUAAGUGCUCUCAACCUGGCUCACAGAACCGUCUGCUUCGCCCUGGUGGACUGAUAAUCGGCGACAAUACCCUCAGAUGUGGCUUUGUGGCCGACGAUAGCGAAGAUAACCCCUGGCGUCAGCAUAACUGGGGUGAACAUCGCAGAGAAUACUGGAAGUCGGAAGAUAUUAUUUCCCUACGGGCAUAUAACGACGCCAUCGUGAAGUCAGACCGCCUGGAAAAUUGGCUCUGCCCGCUAUGGGAUGGUGUAAACAUCACUCGACUGCUUGAUUAG